CUAAUAACUCUUCCUAUGGUUUGGUGUCACGUUAGUUCAUGUUGUAAAGACAUUCCAUCACACUGGGUGACGUUGGUCACUGCAGCGACUUUCCUGUUGAGGUUUAAUUUUAUUAAAGAGGGAGCACAACAGAAUACCUCCAGCACAGAUAUACCUAUAGACCGACUCACAGUGACCUACUGUCGGAGUAGUGGCCCUGGGGGACAGAACGUCAACAAGGUGAACACCAAGGCAGAAGUAAGGUUCCAUGUAGCGACAGCUGACUGGCUCUCUGAGGAUGUGCGGAGCACAAUCACUGCCAAGUACCAGAACAGAAUUAAUCGGGCUGGGCAGCUGAUUGUCACUUCGGAAGUCAGCAGGUACCAGAUGAAGAACCUUGCUGAUUGUCUGCAGAAGAUUCGGAACAUAGUGGCAGCAGCAAGUCAGCAACCCAAGCAACCAUCCAAAGAGGAUGCUGAGACUCGGAGAAUGAGGUGA